AUGUUCGCAUUAUCGAGUCUGGAGGAAGCCAACCUGCCAGAAAAGAUGCCUCUGUCCGCGCCGUAUGUGGACCUCCUUGUCCCCCUCUCGCAUCCAGCGGGACUUUCUGAUCUCAAACGCUUGGUCAAGGACGCGGACGAGCAUCGAAAGAAGGCGCUGAGGGACAAGAAGCCCGAAGCCGAAGGCCUCUUUUUUGAGGACCCUGCGGCCCGCUUCGGUCCUGGCCAGCUGCACGAGGCCUCUGCCCAGAAGGUCGCAUGUGGACAAUGGGCUCUCUCGGGUGACUUCUAUGAGUUUGUGCCAGUGGUGACCGUCAAGCUCCAGGGUGAAAAGUUUAUGCCAGAGGAUGGUGCAUUCAUUGUGCCCAGCAAGUAUCACUGCAAGAAAUACUUCGAUGGCGGCGUUCCGUCAGACAUUGACAUCCUCACGCCUAUGGAGACCAGCGACGACCGCACCGUCGCCUUUUUGAAGUUCCCCCUGGCGAACAAGAAGGUCCAUCAUAGCUUCAGAGUCUGUUUCUGUGAAUUUCCCGUGUGUGAAAGGGAGUCAGGCUGGCGCUUUCGGCAAAGCAUAGAGUUCAACGUCACUGGCAAAGUCUGCCAACCACCAACCGAGAGAUUGGCACAGGGUAGGCAGAGCACUGUGGAGUUGGACUCUGUGGGCAGCCGCCUCAUCGGGAUGGAUACGAACAACGACGGCUUGCGCCUGCUGGAUAUACGGCCAGGAAACGGAGAUACUUCCAGCGAACCUGAUGUGACUGAGAUAUACAUCAAGGAGUCGUGUUCCGACACAGAGAAUUGCGAGGCAAAACCGGACAUGUCGAAGAUUGCUUGGAAGUAUCUAUUGCCUGGGAAUGACAGGGCCUUCGCAGUGGAUGAAGACUUACGAAGCAUUCUCAUCAUCACCCCGCGCGAGGGGAUUCUAGACACCUCUGACGUAUCUUUGCAAGGCUUCAGUGAGGAGCCAAAGGUGAGAACAAGCAUCCUAUGGGAUGAUGAGCAUCUCUGGUUCCUGACCAGCACUGCCUCUAAGUUCUGUAUCCACUUUCUCAAAGUGUCAGAGAUCUCUGAGAGUGAAGAGCGGGCAGCCCAAGUUAAACCCCGGUUGUGCAUAGGUGCGACUUCUGUUACAAUGGAGGUGGAGGUAGGCUGCAGAUUUGAGCAGGCAAUUUUCCUGGGCGCUACAGGAAGAUUGCCUGAAACCGAGGGGCCAAAAAACUACGUUCUGGCUCGUGUGGGCCUUUCCAAAGCACAGGGGACUCGAGGCCUGAAUCUUGAUGAGGCCGCCUGCGGCACACAGGUCAAAGGUAUCCAGGCAUUGGUGGGCUUCCGCAACCAUUUGUAUGCCGCACAAGAAGGUGCUAGCAGAAUCCUAGUAGUAGACACUGGCAUGCAGAAAUGCCGUUCUUUAGAUACAUCCCAUUUGGCCGAAGCUGUCACUUGGGGUGGCUUUGCUGUUUUGAGUGACCGGAUCUACGUCACUCCCAAGGAUGGCCUGGGGGAUUUGAUUGGGGUUCUGGAGCCCAACAGGACGGAGUCCCAGGUAAAGGGAAUCCGCGUGGAAGGUGUCAGUGCAAGCAUUGCAGCUUGGCCAGCCCAGCAGAAGAUCUGCUUGCAAACACCGAGCUCUGAAGUGUUUUCAAUGGACGUGUCAACUCUGCCGGAGACUUUGCCAUGA